CGUGCGGUGGGUAUAGAGGUGCUUUCAAAUCAAAGCUCUCUGUGCUGUGGAGAGGGGGGCCCCAUGCGUUAGUGCAGCGAGCCGAACUGUAAACCUAUCUCUGAGUAAACAUCUGCGAAAAUACGCCAAUUACUUGAUUUUCUAUAUUCUACUACAAUAACACGCAGAGAGAAACAGUGAAAAGUGCAAAUUUUCAUUACGAAGUUAACAUAACCUUGUCAGACGUAGAGGAACCUUCUACGGCAUUGAUUGCUGCUGUGACGAAGGCGUUGACGGAUGCUCUGAGGAUUGCUAUUCCACAAGUUACCACUUCUGUUAUAAACCAGCCUGAAUUUACUUGUCAAGCUCAACCCAAAGCUCCUCCGUUCAAGUAUCAAGAAUAUCGUUCGUCCGAAGGAACCACAGUUGACGGUUAUUUCAAGAGAUUCGAGUGGGCAUUACAACUGAGUAAAAUUUCGGAAGAAGAAUUUAUGUGCAAACCCACAGAAAACCGGACACUUCAGGAGGUCUGACUGAACAAAUUUGAAAUUCGAGGGCACACUUACCAGACCAACUUUUUUUGGUUUCUUAGGCUACCUAGAACUCGAAAAACCUUUCGAAAUACCUAUUUUUGCUGGGCAGUUUAAAUUCUCUUAUGGGAAAUUAUCAUGGGAAAGAUUAACGAAAACUAGCCUUUGCUUAACUGUAGGUACUCAAUGUCCGGAGGCGCAAUCCUAAAAUGUGUAUUGAUACGAUCAAAGUAUCCGAAGAAAGCUUGAAUUCGAGGGCUGCAAGCGUAUUCGCUGUAUCUGCAUUUGGAUGAUUCAUUGAAAUUUGAUUCACUGGUAAGCUAAAUGCUAAAUGAAGAGUCAUUCCUCCAAUAUUAAAUGCUGCUUUUCCAGUAGGUGCACAAAGCUCUCUCGCACAAGCCCCUGGAUGCCGGCAACCCGCUCGACAGCGCCGCGGCGCGCCCACAGCGUCGCUAGUACCACGCGCGGCCGCCAGGCGGCUGCCGUAAUCCCCAAAGAGGAGCAGCGCCUUGGAGGGCAUAUAAGCGGGCCGGUUUCCAGGCCGAGGCACCUCUCCCACCCCGCAUCAGACCGCGUAUGAGUGGCAGCAACGGAGCCCAGGGGUCGGAUUCACUAACUAUGUCGCGCUCGACAUAAAACAUAAACCAAGCGACACAGUCGACACAGACCAGACUGACCAGACACACACACACCAGACAGGCUAAAAUGACGGUUGCGCAUGCGCGUUGCGCGAAGUCGAUGUUUGUAGGUCUGGGCUAUAGCUUCUUUUUGCCAUAUAGCGUCACUUCCUCCAUCCUCCCAAGUGCUCCGAUUGCUCCGAUUUUUAUAUCUGAAUUUCCGAAUUGUUCGCACGUGUAUUGUUGAUAAUAUUAUAACAUAAUAAUAUAAGUAAAUUAUAUAAUAAUAAAUAAUAUAAUGUAAAUAAUCGUCUCGCCGUGUCUUGAUCCGAAACGAAUAAACUCUGCACAUUAACGUACUACGCAGUAAAGUUUUGCUUGUAGUUUUGUGUCUCAAUUAUUUCAAAAUCUCCAAAUACUUUGUUAUUUAUUGCUUAUGAAUUUAAAACCAUGGCAAGACGAAACGGUACAAGGAAUCGCAGAGGGAGUAAUCAGACUGAGGCAUUGAUAAGUUAUAUUGAGCAACAUUCAUUGUUUGCAAGAGGGCAGAUUUGUAAGCUCGGUGCUCAAGGUCAUAUAAAAUAUAAGAAAAUGUGGAAUGAUUUAAGCAAUUUAUUAAAUCGUAUUGGUCCAUCUCACAAAGAUGUUGCAACUUGGCAAAAGUCCUGGACACAGAUGCGUUUAAAUGCCAAAACAAACAAGGCAAAGUUUAUGAAAGAAAUGGCAAAGACAGGCCAUAAUGCACAUAAUUAUGAAUUAAGUGAAAUUGAUUGUCGUGUUAGCCAAAUUUAUGGCAAAUAUGGUACGGGUAUGAAUCUUGGAAAGGAAUUAGGAUUUCAUCGUAUACAACAUCCCAACUCUGAAGAGGAUGAAAUAAACUCUGAAGAGGAUGAAUUUUCUUUUGAUUCACUUUUGUCGUUGAGUCUAAACUGUCAUGUAACUGAACCUGUUCAGAGCUUCUUGGAUUGUAUUCCUUCAAGGAUAAACGACACUUUCGAGGAGUUGUGCCAAAAUUUAUUUCAUUUCCAUGAAAAUACUAUCAAGUGGCGCGGGAGCGCCACGAAGGCGAGUUUGAGAAGCAGACGACGCCGCGGCGCCCGUGACACUAUUUACUUCUAUAUUGGUAUCUCGAAUUUUCAAUUAAGGAAAUAAAUUAUUUAUCAUUCAUGUACCCAGCUAAUUUUGAUAAAUGUUUAUACUGGUAUGCCAAACUAUGAUUUUAAACCAAAAUAUCAGCAAUAAACCAGCUUUAACAUAAUAAACAAAUAUGCAGGUGAACAAAAA